CACUGAGCGAGCCGGAGAGAGAGAGGCAGGGGACGAGCUCUGCACCGGCUCCACCGACACACUCAAAGUGUGAGAGGGAGAGAGAGACUGUGUGUGUGUGUGUGUGUGUGUGCAGCAUAGAGCGAGAGAGGCAGAGAGACACACACACUGACUGAGGGGACAGAAGAGAUACAAACGUUUGAGCAGAUUAUUCCUCUUUUGGAAUAAGUUUUGUUUUCAUCUGAAGAAAAGGACAGUAAGAGAGAAUAUUUGACAGACAGGUGAAUCAGACAGACAGGUAAAACCAGGUGACCCUCCUCUAGACUCUCCUCUAAUGAUGGACGACUACAAUCUCCCCUUCUGGAUCUACACCGGGGUCCUGACUGUGUUCAUCUGUGGGGCCAUGAAGAAGAUUUUGGCGUCCCACCUGAGCACCACCCCCACCCUGGUGGCCUGGCUGGGGGCCACCGUGCUGGUGGAACGUUUGUGGGCAUUCUGCCUUCCGGCCGUGCUGCUGCUGGCGCUGCUCGUCCUCGCCUGCUGCAUUUACUUUGCCACCAGGACCGGCUCUCCGCCCGCCACACUACCAGCCCACGGCAAAGCUGUACUCAUCACAGGUUGUGAUUCUGGUUUCGGGAACGCGACUGCAAAGCGUCUGGACGCUCUGGGCUUCGAGGUGUUUGCGACGGUGUUGGACCUGUCAGGAGACGGAGCCAGAGAGCUGCAGAGGACCUGCUCCCCACACCUCACCCUCCUCCAGGUGGACAUCACCCAGCCGCAGCAGGUCCAACAGGCGCUGCUCGACACCAAAGCCAAACUGGGCCUCAAAGGUCUGUGGGGUCUGGUGAACAAUGCCGGCGUGUGUGUAAACUUCGGAGACGCCGAGCUGUCCCUGAUGUCCAACUUCCGCGGCUGCAUGGAGGUCAACUUCUUCGGCACCCUGAGCGUCACCAAGAGCUUCCUGCCGCUGCUGAGACACGCCAGAGGUCGCAUCGUCACCAUCUCCAGCCCUGCCGGUGACCAGCCGUUCCCCUGCCUGGCUGCAUACGGAGCCUCUAAAGCAGCUCUUAACCUCCUCACCAACACUCUGCGACACGAGCUCGAGCCGUGGGGGGUCCAAGUGUCCACCAUCCUGCCCUCCGCAUACAAGACCGGUCAGUCCAGUAACCACGCCUACUGGGAGCAGCAGCACAAACAGCUCCUGCAGGGAAUGUCUCCGGCGCUACUAGAGGAGUACGGCGAGGACUACGUGACUGAGACCAAGGAGCUGUUCCAGAGCCACGCCAGCCAGUCCAACCCCGACCUCAGCCCCGUCGUCGACACCAUCGUCCAGGCGCUGCUGUCGCCGCAGCCGCAGGCGAGUUACUACGCGGGGCCCGGCAUUGGCCUCAUGUACUUCAUCUACAGCUACUGCCCCUUCAGCAUCAGCAACCGCUUCCUCCAGAACCUGUUUGUGAAGAAGAAGGUAAUGCCGCGUGCUCUGAGGAAGCAGUCGGGCUACAACCUGAACCUCAGCCUCCACAACAACAACAACAACAAUGAGGGGAAGCUAAAAUAACUGUGAGACUGUAGAAACCUCCUGCAGCCAUAGAGGACCACUUCUGUAUUGCACUCAUAGAGCUGUUUCCUUUUCUUUUUUUUUGUAUUUCAAACUGUUGAAGGGAUCAUAGUGAUGCACCAAAAUGGUUUCUGAUUGUUUCUGGCCUGGCCUCAAAACGCCCCCGGAGAGGACAGGAAUGGAGAGCAAGGACACACCUGCAGGGUCGUUGGGUAGGGUGGGGGUAAUGGUAGAGGUAGCGGUAGCUGUGCAGCUGCAGUUGGAGCAGCGAGAUGAGCUGUACUGUACACACACACCGAGAGUCGCUCUGACUUCAUGUGCCUUCAUCACAGCAACACACAAGAUGGAAAAGGGGGGGACAUACAAGUCUGAAUCGAGCACUACAGCAGCUUGUUUUAAACAGGUUGAACUUAAAUUGAAUGAAAAACUGCCAAAAAUGUGGAUGCAGGCCAAUUCCAGGGGCUGCAGAUAAAUCAAACUGGGUCUUUUUGUCAUCAGUAUGUCCUCCUUCUAACUUUAGAUUCUGGUCCUGAAUGCUCUGGAUUUGUUUGGACCAGAGAAGUUAUGCGCUUUUAAGGCGACCCCACAUGGCUG